AAUUAAAAACCCUAAUGCUGUAAACUGCAAACAAACGGAGCGGAGUCCUAAGUUCCUGCUCGCCAUUGUGGCAUAUCGACCCCAUUAACCACUCACGCCAUCAUCUCCAGUCGUAGAGACACAGCCGGCGACACCAAAGUUAAAGGACCGUCAUUUUUUCAUCGGCAUAGGACGAACGUCAUGGAGGAAAGAGAACAGAGAGAACAUUUCUAGCUCCUUCUACCUGAUGCUCUAUUAUUUUCAUGCAAACAUUUCAGGUUGCGAUUUUCCCUUUCCGAAAUGCAAGUACCUUCUUUGAAGAAAGUAACCAGGUUGAGCAGUUCCCUAGUCUCACUUUGCAGUUUCGCUUCUUUUCAUUCAACCCCGGCCUCCUUCGCUAAAUGGGAGGAUGAUGGUGCUGCUCAACAAUCAUCUAAGACCGUAAUUCAACAGACCCAUAUUAGAUAUUCAGUUCGUCACAAGCGCGCUGAUGCAAGAAAUGCUCUCAAAGACCUCCUCAAUGGGAAAGCCUCAGGUCACUAUUUUCAGGAUGAAGACAAUCGCCGACAUUCAAAGAAUUCAGAGAGAUCCAAGCCUCAAAAAGCAUCUUAUGGAAAAGGCAAACAGAGCAAGCGGUCGCAUAAAAAGAAGAGCUUUUCUCAUGAAGAUGAACUCGAGCAACCUGAGACGAUAUUUACUGUUAACUUUGGUGGACAGCAUUCUUUCACGUGGUCCUUCAACACAUGGGAAAACAGUACUCACCAAAACUCUACAGCUGGUUUUGAAUGGAAAGAGGAGUCCAAAUCAGAGAAAUACAGGGCAAGAGUUUGGAGUGAAAGUGAUCUCGAAGAAGAUGCAAAUGUUGUAGAUCAACAUUCCAGUAGAGUAGCUCUUGGGUUGCCAGAUUCGGGACCUUUAUGUUUAGCUGACGUUAAAAGAGCCUUUCGUGAGUCUGCUCUGAAGUGGCACCCAGACAGACAUCAUGGCCUUGCACAGUUGUAUGAGUUGGCAGUAGGGGUGCAAACGAGUCGAGUUGAGCUCCAGGAGAUGUUCGAGUCGAGCUCGACUGCCAAACACCAAGCUUAAGCUCAAACUCGAGUCGAGCUCAAAAUCCGAGCUCGAGCUCGACUCGUCUCAUGUCGAGCUCUGUUGUAGAGCCCAAUCCUCGCAUCCGCUGUUGUCCCGAGGUCGGAGGUCCGUCGUCAUCGAGUCAUCAUCGAGAUCCGCAGUAGAGCUCAUUCGCGAGCUUGUCAUCGCAUCCGCCGUCGAGAUCGGUUGUCCCGAGGCUCUGCCGUCGAGAUCCACCAUCUUGAGCUCGUCAUCAUGUCUGUUGUCGAGAUCCAUCAUCUCGAGCUCAUCUGUCGUUGUCCCGAGGCUCUGCCGUCGAGAUCCACUGUCCUGAGCUCGUCAACGCGUCCGCCGUCGAGCUCGAAAUUGUUCCGAGCUUGUCUAUCGCCGUCCCGAGCUCAUCCGUCAUUUUGGAUUUCCCGCCUUGUCGCCUACGCGAGCUGCUCGUCGAGCCGACGAGUCGAGUCCAAGGCCUGUUCGAGCUCGAGCUUGAUAAGCCGCCGAGCUCAACUCGUUGAGCCUGUUACCAAGUCGAGUCCAAGUCGGCUUGACUCGGUUGCACCCCUAAUUGGCAGUAGCCAGAAAUGUAGUAUAGCACUCUUUUUUGGAUUUUUUAUGAAUGUUGUUUAAUAUUUCUAAUUUGGUCUAUCCUGCUGCAUCUCACUUCA